AAUAUGUUUAUAUGCUACUAAACACGAGUUUUACUGUCCUUGUUCAGACAACGAAAAUAUCGUACACUCAGAGUUGGUUUUCCAGGAAUCUGUAAACCUGGAUUUCGGUUCUGCAACUAAGAGAAAUGUCAAAACUAACAAUUUUCUGGUCAAUCGAAAACAGUUUGAUUAAUAAAAUACCGUGCAUAAAGAUGAUGCCAUGAAUAUUACAACAUAAUUAAUAUUUCCUAGGAUCAUAAGAAAGAAAAGUCGCCGGUGUGAUUAAGUUAACUUCUAUGUCAUUUGGUCUCUGGCGGAGAGUUGUCUCAUUGGCAGUCAUACCACAUCUUCUGAUUUUUAUAUUUACAUAAUGAAAAUGAUUUCAUUCGUUUUAUUGUCAGAUUUCUACUUUUUCAAAUUAGUAUAGGUUACGUUACAUUAGAACAAUAAUAGUAGCAUGGAAAAAAAGAAUGAAACAACUUGAAAACAUGAUAACAAAUUGAAAUACAUUCAUAACAAAUUACUCGCUGUAUUAAUACUGGAUUUUUUUUUACAGACCAAUACAGACUAUUGAACGACGCCUUUUGUUAUGAGUAAUUGCAACUGUUAGCGAAAGUUAAAAUGGUAGUACGAAGAUUGAAAAUUAGAAAAUUAUCUCGAUUUUCAAUAGGAUUGAUGUGUGGAAUUUUUGUCCUCCAAGUGGUUCUAUUUAAGGAGUUUACAAUCAAUUCGAACAUGAUAAUUAAUGUUCCUGCAUUAGAAAAAGUAGUUUUUGAAAUUCAAUCCAAUGUCAGUUCGAAUAUCAAACCGUUGAAUAUGUUUGAUGAGACAUAUAUCUACAAAAUAAAUCCUGCCGAAUCACUUUGUGAUGAUUAUAAUUGUGGUUCCUUGCAAUUAAUCAUAAUUGUAAAAUCAUAUGUGUUUAACUUUGGUCAACGUGAAGCUAUACGUAGGACAUGGGGAGGCACGACGAAACUUCGAUCCAAAAUUGUAUUUAUCGUCGGAUACCUUGACGGCAUGGACACAUUAGUCGGACAUGAGUCAAAACAUAAUAGGGAUGUUAUUCAGCUAAACAUAGCAGAUCAGUAUGAAAAUGAAGUUUAUAAAACAAUUUAUUCUCUCUUAUGGUUAAUUCGCGUCAAUAUUAAAGCUGAGUUUGUCCAUUUUGUAAAUGACGACCGCUUAGUUAAUCCAAUGAACAUUUACACUGUUGCAACUAACAACAUUUAUUCAACAGAUUCACUUAUGUUAGGAUACAGAUUGUCUUUUUCGAAAGCAAGAAGAGAUAACAGUUCUAAACGUUACAUUUCGCCCGAAGAUUAUCCUUUUGUUUUUUUCCCACCAUACAUAGUUGGAGGAACUAUCUUAACAAAUAUCAAAACUAUUCAAAUAUUAGCCAUUGCAGUAGCAUUUAUAAAGGUUAUUCCAGUAGAUGAUGCAUAUAUUGGGAUAGUAGCAAAAGCAGCCAAUAUCAAAUUGAAACAUCAUAGCGGGUUUUUACCAUUUAAAAAGUCGCUUUCUGUACUUAGGAACGCAGUUUCCUCCCCUGGUUAUGAAACAACCUACAUUUUACUACGAGACUGGAAUUUGAUUAAAAGUGCAUAAGGGCAAUGAACAAGUUAUCAUGUAAAUGAUAUAGUACAGAUGUGCAUACCUUAGUCCUUAUUUAAAAAGUACACUGCAAUCAUGUUUUUAUACAAUAUCUAAUAACGUUUUUUUUUUUUUUUUUUAUCAAUUGCACCUUUUUUCAGAGUAAAGUAAUUUUCUAAUACUA